AUGAUCGGCUUCUUUCCAUGGUUACCUCAAAGGCAAGCUUGGAGCGCACCAAGCUUUCGAUUCACGCACCCUAGCUGCCUAACUGCCAAACCUACCUAUUGUGAACCCUACACCAAUUUCGCCUUUUGCGCCGCCGUUGGCGUUGGUCUCUUAUUUCCGCACCUGAGCUGA